AUGUCUUCAAUUCGUCCACUUGAUAAUCUUACUCUUUCCCAAAUUGUUGCCUCCCUUUCUUCCCGUCAAAUUAUUUCAUUGAACAAGACUCUUUCUUUGAAGGAAGCAUUGUUAGUCCUUGCCAGUAAUCAUAUUCUUAGUGCUCCUGUUUAUGAUGAACAAACAAAUUCAUGUAUUGGACUUAUUGAUGUUUUGGAUUGUGCAACAUUUACAAGUCAAACAUAUUUCAACAAUACUGACCAGUCACAAUUCAAGAAUUAUUUAUUACAAUUUUCUUUCGAUGUUGAAGAAGUUGGAUCAGUUAUGAACAUGUCUGGUAAAAAUCCAUACAUUCCAAUGAACAGCUCCGAUUCCUUCAUGAAAUUGUUGGCUGAAUUUGCUAAUGGAAUUCACCGUAUUCCAAUCUUGGAAAAUAACAAGGUUGUUGCUGUCUGUUCACAAAUGACUCUCUUCCAAUAUUUAUUCAAGCUCGAUUUGGGUGAUAAUUCUGCAUUGUUUGAUGAAUUCAAGUCAAUGUCUUUGAAAACUGUUCUCUCCUCAAAGCCAUUCUCUCAAGUUAUUAAUGUUAAAGAAUCACAAUUGGCCAUUGAUGCUAUCAAGGUUAUUAGUGAUAAGGGAUUGAGUGCUGUUGGUGUUUUGAGUGAUAAGGAUGAUAAAUUAAUUGGAUGUCUCAGUGCCAGUGAUUUGCAAGGUUUCAUUGAUGAAGAUUAUCACCAUUUGGCUUCUCCUGUUCUUGAAUUCCAAAGAAUGUCAAGAGAAAAGAAUGGUUCAACAUCAGCUCCUUCACUUGUAUUUUGUAAAAUUGAAAAUCACACAAUUGGUGACAUGAUUCAACGUUUAUUGCAAGAUAGAGUUCACCGUAUUUUCAUUAUGAAUGACGAUAUGGAAGUUAUGGGACUCUUAUCUUUAACAGAUAUUUUCCGUCUUGUUUAUGACUAUUUGCAACAAAAAUUACAAUAA